AUGGAUUCAAAUAACCCUUAUAGCCACACUGAAGGUUUUGUUAACGUGUUAACUAGUCAGCUAGUUAACGAGGUUAACACACCUACUAUCGAUCUAGGAUCAUCAGAACUCCUUAUGUUUAGUACACAGGGGUAUGAUGAUCCAAAUCUAGGUGGCAAGAAUCAGGCCGAGAGAAGAAAAUGGUCACCUAAGGAAGAUCUGGUUCUGAUCAGCGCCUGGUUGAAUUCAAACAAGGAUCCGGUAGUUGGUACAGACCAGAAAACUGCAGUGUCUUCGAAACGGAUCGUGACCUACUUCAACUCAUCUCCGCAGCUUGUCGGUCAGGCGAGAAGAGAAGUCAGCACUUGCAAACAACGGUGGGGGAGAAUAAAUGAUCAUAUGUGUAAGUUUUCUGGUAGUUAUGAAGCCGCAGUGAAAGAGAAGACCAGUGGCCAAAACGAAAACGAUGUCAUGCAAGCUCUUCAUGACAUCUUUUACAAAGACUAUAAGAUGAAGUUUACCCUUGAGCAUGCGUGGAGAGAGUUGUGUUUUGAUCAGAAGUGGUGCAAGACAUCAUCUGCUAAAGAUAACAACAAAAGAAGGAAGUGUGAGGAAGGCUCGGCUCAGUCAUUAACCUCCCAAUCCGAUUGCAAUGGCGAUGAUAUCUCUGAGGUUCGACUGCAGGGUAUAAAAGCUGGAAAUGCUAAAGCGAAGAUGUCAAACGGUGUAAAGGAAGAAGGCAAGGGCUUAUCGGAGUUACAAAGCCUGUGGGGCAUCAAGAAACAAGACUUGGCAUUGAAAAACAAGAUCUCAGAUAAGAGAUUGCUUGAGAGCCUCUUAGCUAAGGCCGAGCCACUUUCAGAGAUUGAGCUUACCCUAAAGAAUAAGCUCCUUAAUGAAUUGCUCUCGUCGUAUAUGAUGAACUAUGUGGUGGCACUUUCUUAUAUGUGA